GGCAACGAGUAUAAGGCUUUAUGAGGACCUUUCUAGAAAAUUGAAUGCUGUGGGACUACCUGUUAAGGACGCAAAACGUGGAAAAAAGUGUAUGCUGAUCAGAAAUAUCAGGUGGACGGCUAUUCGAGGAGAAGUACAUCACCGAGGCGGAAGAAAAUAUUAUUCAGGCAAGCGGCUUAGAAGUGACAGUAGAUGGCAUGGUCAUUUUCGGAAAUUCUUCGUUAAUGCAGCUCGUGGAGUCAAAUUCUCCAAAAAAUUUGGAGAAAGAACUCGAUGAAAGCAUGGUGGACAGUAUCAGUGAAAAGUGUAUAAUUUUCCCGGCCGACGAUUCGGAGAACGAAAAUAUAUAUGUUGAAGUGCCAAAGAAGAAGAUACAAGCAACAGCAACUGGCCCCAAGCUAGUUCUGUUGGAACAGAAUCUUAAAGCUUCAAAUGAGGGUAGAACUAACAUGGAAGCUAAGCUUGACAGAUUGCUAGAGAUACAUGAGCGCCUUUUACAACUGAAAGAAACUAAGUACAAACACCAAAUGGAGGCGUAAAAACUAGAUUUAGAGAUAAAAAUAACGAAAUUAGAAAUGCUUAAACAUCAAACAAAAUAGUCAGGACAUUAUACAUAUGUAUGCAUGUAUGUAUAUGGAGUAAAGGUGUUUUUUUAAGUCUUAUUUAGUUUAACUAGAGAUUAAUUUACGCAUUACCUGAAGUUAAACGAUUAAUUUAAAGAAAUGUAUAAUUUUUAAUGAGAAUGAGUUCAAAUAUGUUUUAAUUGACAA